AUGCAGUCCAUCUACCAGAAAUUCCGAGACGUUGACCUGAUGGACAAGAAGAAGACGGUGACAGCUAUGAAGGCUGGGGAAGACCGGGCUAUUCUCCUAGGCCUGGGCAUGGUCAUUGCGUCGGCCAUGAUGUACUUUGUCCUGGGCAUCACUGUACUGCGCUCCUAUGCAGACAGUGUGUGGACAGAGAGGAGUGUCUGUAUCGUGCUCAACUCCACCAUCAUGGCAGACAUGAACUGCUCUUACAGCUGUGGCUCGGACUGCUGGAGAGGCUCCAAGUACCCCUGUCUGCAGGUCUACGUCAGUGUCAACACCACGGGCAGGGUCAGCCGCUUAUCACACAAUGAGGAGAGCUGGGACGCCAACUUUGAGUGUUUCUACGUGCCAAAGUGCCAGAAGGACACCAAUGCCAUGCACCACAUUAUCGUGAACAUCUCAGAGCGCCUGAAGCCGCACCACCAGGUCCUGUGCUACUACGACCCCAGCGACCAGCAGGAGAGUGCCCUCCUGACCCGGCAGUACGGCCACAGUCCCGUCUUCCACUCGCUCUUCUGGCCCUCCUGUAUGCUCACGGGGGGCACCGCCAUCAUCUUCAUGGUCAAACUCACCCAGUACCUCUCCAUUAUGUGCGAGCAGGUUAUCAAGAUCGAAAGGUGA